AUGUCAAAUCGAAAAAUUCUUGAAUUAGAAGCAACACUUAAAGAUACAACAUCUUUAGCUGAAAAUAGUACUGAAAUAGCUGAUCUUAAAAAAUCACUUAAUCGAGCAAUGACACGUCAUGAAGAAGAAUCAACACGAACAAAAAAUCAAAUAGAUGAAUUACAAAAACGAUUAGAUAAUGCGGAAAAAAGACUUAGUGAAAAAGAUGUUAUCAUAUCAACAAAAACAGCUGAAAUAAAUGCUAUGGAAGAACGUUAUGUACAAUAUCUAGAAAAAGCUAAAAUGGUUUUGCGUCAAAUGGAUCCACGUAAUAGUAAUUCAAUAAGUCAUCAAGAAAUUCAAUUAUUAAAAAAACAAAUUGAUGAAAAAGAUCGACGAUUUAAAGAACUUGAAAAAGAUUAUGAAAAAAUGAAAGCAAUAAGAGAAGAUCAAGAAAAAUUAUUAAUUAGUGCUUGGUAUUCAUUGGGUAGUACAUUUCAACGACGUGAAUUUGAAGAACGUUUAAAAUCCCAUGAAAAUCAAUCAUUUCUUGCUAAACAACGUACUAUUCCAGCAACACGUAAACAAUUACCAUCUGAUCCGUCCAAUUCAUCAACCAAUGGAACAAAUAAAACUUCAAAACGAUAG